UUUCUUCCUUUGCAGAUAGACGAUGAUGAUGACAGAACGGUGACCAAUCAGGAAGCCUUAACGUGGGGCAUUCGCAUUGCUCUCUUUUUAAAAGGUCGACGAAUGCGUCAUGACGAUAUUGUGGGAAUAGCAGCACGUAACACCACCUAUCUGACAUCGGUGGCCCUGGGUUGUUUCUUUAAUUGUACACCAUUUCAUGGAGUCAAUCCCAGCUAUCAAGAAGAUGCCCUCAGUCACUGUUUUGGCAUUACCAAACCCUCUGUGAUUUUCUGUGAUGGUCGUGAUUACGAGAAGAUAAAAAAUGCCACAAAAUCCUUUAAGCCCGAUAUUUAUACCAUAAGUGAACACAUUGAAGGUGUGCCCUCAAUUUUAGAGUUACUGGAACCAAAUCCCAAGGAACAUUUUUACCAACCUGAAAAGCUUACAUUGGGUGCAGAUCAAACCGUGUGCAUAAUGUGUUCUUCGGGUACCACGGGUUUGCCCAAGGCUGUUACCAUUUCAGCACAUAAAUUAAUGUUUGAAAAUCCGUAAGUAAACAUAGAAAAUAUGUUUUAGAACUCCAUUUUCAAGGUUAAUAUAGUCCUUCAGAAAAUAAAUUUUAUACCUCUUUUCGUAACUCAUCGAGAAAUAUCCUUAAAAAAUCCAUUUUAAAAGAUCAGAUGAUGAUGAUCAGAUGAUUUAAUUCCACGUUUAGGGUUUGGAUAUUCUCUCAGAAAAUAUUCUUAAAAAACCUAUUGUAAUUCCGCGUAUGGAGGUCAUAUGAUCCAUUUUUAAAUCCACGUUUAAAGGUCGAAUGGCUCCUCAGAAAAUAUUUUUAAAGAAUCUACGUUAAUAGCUUGGAUAUCCUUAACGAAUCGAAGGAAUCUUUAAAAAUCCAAGAUUCUACGUUAAUAAUUCCCUC